AUGGGCAAUGUCGCCAGCCGCCUGGAUGAUGCAGGGAGCUUGUUCUCCAAAGACCAAAAUCGCUUCUCGAUCGCAUCGGUCACAAUAAGCAACUCCCGCCGCCGCCUGCUGACCGUGUCCCCGAACGCGUUCCCUGCGGUGCGAUAUAUAGCAAAGCGAGACGCGGGCGACGAAUGUCCGAUUGAAUAUAUCCAGGACCCAGACGUCGCCUCGUCAACCUCAGCCCCUACGUUCUUGCUACGACUUUCCAACGAAGACGAACUCAUCUUCAACUUCACCUUCAUCCUCCGUCAGACAAAAACCGGCAAUGUCGCAGGAUCAACUGUCAAUGGCGUAUCGACCUCGCUCCCAGAAGUCGCCGACACAAAUCUCACGGGACUCACGUUCGCCCACGCAUCCAACUCGAAGGAACUCGAUAAUUUGAUCACGCGAGAGUUCCACGCGAACCCUAACUUGCAAAAUAACUCCAAUGUCCAGCUCAUUGGAGACUUUUUGACCGAUGGUAGCCCGUCGGUGUCAUUUGAAUGGUCCUGGAGGUGGAAGCCUCCCAAGAUAAUGGAGGACAAAGGUGGCGGCUGGCGAAACAGCUGCAGCUUCUUGGACUAUGAUCAAAGGACUAACCGCCUGAACACUCUGGCGCACUUCUCUUUUUGGCGCAGAUGGCAUAUUCCCCCUCCCCCAACCGCACCUCCGCCCCCACCUCCUGUCAAAGUCGACCUACCACAUUCACGCCCUGUGGAUGACAUGGGUGGAGUGGAAGAUGGACCACUAUUCCGCGCAACGAUGAAAGCACUGGAGCAAAAGACUGGAAACAUGCGCGCAAAAAUAAAAAAGGUCCUCAAGAAAGCUGAAGCUGCCCAGCAAGCGCAGGCGACCUGCAACGAUGCCAUGGAGGCCUUUUUGGGCUCCUUGAACGAUGCUUCUACAUCCAACGCCAAUGCCAUUCAGCCAGCGUUGGAUCAUUAUUUCGAGAAGAUUGCUCGACAAAUCCAAAACUAUGAGCAGCUCAACACAGUCCAGCUGCAGAAGCUCGUGAUCGAGCCUCUUAUCAAGCUAUACAACAACGAUAUCAAACAAGCUGAAUCGAAGAAGAAAGAAUUUGAUGAGGAAAGUCGCGACUACUAUGCGUACGUCAGUCGCUAUUUGGGUCAAAGACAGGACUCACUCAAAGAAAAGAAGCGCGCCGAGAGUGAUUCGAAGUAUCAGGUUAAGCGACGGAACUUUGAGCUGAAGCGCUUCGAUUACUCUUCCUUUAUGCAGGACCUUCAUGGAGGCCGUAAAGAGCAAGAGGUCCUCUCUCAUCUGACUAAGUAUGCCGAUUUCCAGGCCAAGAAUUUCCUGGCGGCUGCUAAGAAGGUUGAUGAGAUGGUUCCCCAGCUUGACGCUCUCAUUCAUGAGGUGACUCAGGCAGAUAAGGAGUUCCAGUUCAAACGCACCGAGCGUGAGGAAAAACGCCGGGCUUUAGAGAAAAACAGUAAUCCGUACCUGGAGCCCGAUGUCGUGGCCGGUCCGAUGCCCUUGACUGCAACAUCUACCAUCACUGCUAGUGGAGGUGCCUCCACUGAUACAGAACUGGGUCGAGCAGAUAGCACCGGAUCCCAGCUGCGCGGCGUCAUCAGCAACAGCUCGUCUAUUUCAUCUCAAGCCAACGCUGGAUCCGUUGGCUCUUCCACCGGUGUUUCUGCCCCCACAACCAGCGCAGGCUCUGCAGGCGCCUCAAGCCAAAAUCGCUUCAAAGGCUUUCGAGAUCUUGAAGAAAGAGACACUCUUGAAUCCCAUCAAGCUGCGGGACAGCAACGGAAAGAGGGUCUUCUGUGGGCUCUGUCCCGCCCGGGUUCGCACAUGGAUCCUAAAGGAAUCAACAAGCAGGCAUGGCACAAAUUUUGGAUUGUGCUAGAUCAAGGAAAACUCUCGGAAUAUAGCAAUUGGAAACAAAAGCUAGAUCUUCACAUGGAACCUAUCGAUCUCCGCAUGGCAUCCGUUCGCGAAGCUCGGAAUGCAGAGCGACGAUUCUGCUUUGAAGUGAUUACGCCUCAAUUCAAGCGUAUCUACCAAGCAACUUCGGAGGAGGAUAUGGCCAACUGGAUCCGGUCUAUCAACAACGCGCUACAGAGUGCCGUAGAAGGACGCGGCCCGCCCCCUCCUCCUCUGCCGUCUAAAGACGAAUCUAGUGGUCGUGAUAUCGGGUCCGUUCUCACAGGAAAAAGCUCAUCGGUGUCGGGUCACCACGGAUAUUCAAACAGCUCCAGCAACAGUGUGGGUGUCAAUCGCCGGACUACAGUCGGUGCGCGACCCACUUAUGUACACCACGACAUUAACAGCUAUGAAGAAAACCCGUCACGCCUCCUUCAGCUUGUACGUGAUGCCGACGAGGGGAACAAAUGGUGUGCCGAUUGUGGCUCUUCCUCGAAAGUCGAAUGGGUCUCCAUCAACCUUGGAGUUAUCCUGUGCAUCGAGUGCAGCGGCAUCCACAGGUCCUUGGGAACCCACAUUUCCAAGAUUCGGUCACUCACUCUAGACGUACAUUCCUUCUCAAAUGACAUUGUUGAAAUUCUCGUGCAAAUUGGCAACCGAGUCAGCAAUAUGAUCUGGGAGGCGACGUUGGACCUGGCGGUCAAACCGAGCGCAAGCUCCACGCGGGAGCAACGAUUGAAGUUCAUCUCUGCUAAGUAUGUCGACCGGUCCUACGUUGAACACUUGCCUUCCCCGCGGUCCCGCUUUGCGACCCCUGAUGAGACUCUUCUUGCCUCGAUCAAGCGGAAUGAUAUCCAGGGCGUGCUCUAUGGUAUUGCUCUGCGCGCCAACACGAACGUGGCUGAUCGCUCCCGCAACACUCAUGCCGUGUUCCUGGCCCUCGCUGCUGCUGACCCAGCCUCUCCCGGAUCCACCCCUACUACGCCUAUUUCCUCUCGCCCAGCUCCCAAGGCGAUCCCUUUCCCCAUCGCCGAGCUGCUGGUUCAGAACGGCGCGGACAUUCCCCCGCAGCCGCCCUCCAUUCCCUCUCCUCGGCAGCCCAGCUCUAUCUCAGUCAGCGUACUUCGCGAGCAUCUGCCUUUACGCCUCCUACACCGGGUCCUCUCAGUGGAAGGGUCAGCGCUGCCGACAGCUUAG